AUGUACAAGGAUCCACUCAGCUAUUGUCACGGGCCGAGAAAAGGCGAGGUGCCGGCCGAGGUGCCGGGCCGAGAAAAGGCUGUGAUUUACGAACUAGAUCUACCAAUAGAUGUAAAGAUCGGUACAAUCGGUCGCAUCAACCUCCAGAUUCCCUGGACAGGGCUCUACACUCAGCCUGUAAUAGUACACGUUGAAGAUGUCCUCGUGCUCGUCGGACCGGCCAUUUCCAACAGCCAUUUCGACCCCGAGCGAGAGAAACGCCUCACUAGAGCUGCUAAAAGAAAGAUACUUCAAGAUCUUGAAGCUGAGAGUGAAAUUUUAAAAGGACCUCAGAAUUUUUUUGAGAAUUUGUUCACGGCGAUUGUGAACAAUAUACAGAUUUACGUAAGGAAUAUUCAUGUGAGGUAUGAGGACUCCAUAAGCUCCAAAGAUGGACCGUUGGCAUGUGGUCUUUGUCUGCAGAGUCUGUCUAUUGAGACAACUAAUAGCAAAUGGAAGCCCUCAGUGACACCAGCAAACGCUUCAACGGUGUAUCAAAUGAUGCGCAUAGAAUCACUUUCUCUGUACUGGAAUCCUACGGCCACCGCGCUUGACGACAACGAGACAGCCCAUAUCACACCCAUGCAGUAUUAUAAUUGGAAGCAUUAUAUGUUGACUGGGUUGAAUAAGUUCUCCAUGCAUCACGAGGAUUUUGAAUUUCUGCUAAAACCAGUUACUUGCAAAGUAAAGGUGUUGAUCAAUCGGUCCGGUGAAGCCCGCGUACCGCGUCUUCUGCUCGACGCAGUAUUGGCUGACAGUGCAUCACAAGUGUCUCGCCGACAGUAUCUCUCCAUCUCCAAUCUGCUCGAUUCAUUCGCUCGAAUCAAGCUUAAUAGAAAAUAUCGCCAUCUACAUCCGGGCAUUCCACUGUCCAAAGACAUUAAAAAAUGGUGGAAGUACGCCUACAACGUGGUCCUUGAACAGCGCAUACGUCCCUACACUUGGGCAGCAAUUAAGAAGCAUCGAGAAAACUAUAACAUUUACAAAAAGACGUAUAAAAGUACAUUGAGGAGCCCUAACGACACUGAAUUGAAACUUGACUUGCAGAAAUGUGAAGACAGUUUGCCGAUUAUGUCGGUUGUUAUUGCGAGAGAACAGGCGAAGUUUGAGGUCCUGUCACAAGAACCAGAGCGUAUAGAAGUAGUAGAAACUGAGACAGACUGGUGGAGACCGGCUAGCUCCGACUCGGAAAUCGAUUCCGAAACGGAGACGAAGGCUCAUGUGGAAUUAUGUGUUAAAACAGAGAGGUCAAAGUCCUUAUGGAGCCACUUGUCCAGCCCUGAAAAAAAGAGGGUGUGUGAAUUGAUAGGGUAUGUGGAAGGCGCGCCGAGGAGUGACAAGUCUAAGCAGUAUAUUGAGCACAAGAUAAACUUAACUCUAGCAAACUGUUCACUGACUCUGAUGAAUCGCAACAAGGAGGUGCUGGUGGUCACUCUCACGCAGUUCCUCGCUUCGCUGGAAACCAGACCUUCGGCUAAAGCGUAUAAGCUCUCUGCCCGAACAGAAAGCAUAGUGAUCGAAGGCGCGUCUUCAGACGGGGACCUAGUGCCUCUUCUCACGGCAGAACGAGGGUCUGCUCCAACUAAUGCCAACUUGUUGGCUGUAGACAUCGAGAAGAACCCAUUGAGCAGCGAGGCUGAUUAUGGUCUUUGCUGGCUUAUGGAGCCGGUGGAGAUUGUCUAUGUUGAGCACGCCUUCACGGAGCUAAUAAAUUUCUUCCAAACCCAUUCGAUGUCAUCGGAAGAACUUGCCGAGGAGUUAGCCCACGUGGCGCUAAAGGCAAAGGGAGUCAGCAAAUCUGUGUUGGCGUACGCCGUCAGUCGCAGGAAAGUGUUCAGUGUCAACGUGGACGUGAAGGGGCCUUGCGUCGUUGUGCCAGAACAUGGUUGCAUUACCAAAUCGGGCAGAGUAAUGAUUCUGGACAUCAGUCGAAUAAUAAUAAAGUCGGAUCUGCAGCCUUCUAACCUCGCCUUGGAGGACGCCACCUGCAUGGAGUUAGAGGAACGGCUCUACGACAGACUGCAUGCCGAGUGCUCUUGUCAGGUGUUGUUCUGCGAGUGGCUAGGGCCGUGGCGUGAGAGCCGUAAGCACGCGGACUCGGAGCUGCACUUAAUACCGAAGCUGAAAGCCCAGGUCGUCUUCUCUAACAGCAUCAAGAAGGACUAUAAGCUGUUGCCCAGGUACAAGCUGAAUAUAUCACUAUCAAGUCUCAAGUUAAAUUUGUCUGACCGCAUUAUCGGUCUUCUCCUGGACUUCGUGGACAAUCUCCCGGUUCCGGUUCCGAACACGGUUCCCGUCUCAUUCUUGGACUCGUGUGAUUACGCCGAGGAGUUGGAGGACCCUGACCUGGUGGAAACCUUUAACCAGGACAAAGUGGAGGCUGAUCCAGGUUACAAGGAGCUGGUUAAUUUGCGACAGAAGAUCGUUGCUGCUUAUCUCAAAAGAAAUAAGGCAUCCGAAUCAACGUACGACAAGGCAGCAGCUAAACUGGGCUUCAUAGAAUGCGACACAGCGUUCAUAUCUUCAGAGCACAGCGAUGAAGAUAUGGAGAUCUAUGCUCGGUCGGUAGACCUGCCUGGUUUUGAUGACAAUGUGUCGCCGAGUAACAACAUUAACACGUUGUUGAGAUUUAUUAUUGGUGAAAUUGUAAUAAACCUAUCCCGUUCAGUGGAACACAAGGAACGUCCAUACAUCAUGUUGAGCAUCACCAAGCUCUGUUUAGACGUGGCUUUAAUGCAGUACGGGCCUGCGAUACAGCUUAGCGUCAGUGGGGCCUUGUUAACGGACAAACAACAUCACAGCAGUACUGGACAGUACCUUGAGAUGCUGACCAGCGAAGGAGAGUUGUUCAACUUGCUUUAUAGGAAGGUGCGAGCGGACUGUCCCGAGUUCAAGUCCCACUUCCACAGCGUGGAGCAAUCGCUGGUCGCCGACGCUGGGCCUGUAUUACUCGUUCUCCAUUCAUCUGCACUCAAUCAGCUGUAUAAGUACCUGCAAUAUAUUAUUGAGAAAAUCCAGAAUCGUCACUCGUUAAACAUAAGGAAGACACUGCUCCCCAAGACGCGAACGCUGUGGGAGUUCCUGAUGAAGCCUGAGGCCGACCCGCCUGUGCCAUCAGGAGCCACCAAGUUCAGCUAUUCAGUCAGAGCAUCCUCAAUCUCAAUACGGUUAUGCCACCUUGACUGUCACCUGGUGGAGAUUCGCCUAACAGCUCUAGAGAGCGACUGCGUGUUCCGAGCCAAUGACCGCAUGAUCUUCAAGUUGUUCCUCAGCUCGUUGCACAUGGACGACUUAGCUGAGACCACGCUUUAUCCUAAGCUCGUGUGGCCGGACGAAGAUAAGGUGCUGGAAGUGAAGUACGUGCGCGCCGCGCCGCGCUACUACGGCGCAGGCGCCGCCGGCGCUCCUGCGGCGCUGGCGCAGGUGACGCAGGUGAAGGCCAACGGGGAGCUACGCGUGCAGCUCGGCAGGCUCCAUGUGGUGCUGUUCUACUGCGUCCUGCAUCAUUUACAGCAAUUCCUGGAGCCACUGGUGCCGAGUGCAGUGGCGGCAGAGGCUGUCGCGGCAGCCGAGAAGGCCGCCGAACGACAAGCCGAAGGCAUUAGGUCGUGGAAUGCACGACUUAACCUUGUUAUAGAGUUACACGCCCCAGUGCUGUUGCUGCCACAAAAACCUUCGUCGCCUAACUUAUUAGUUCUCAAUAUGGGUGAUCUCCUAAUCGAGAACUUCUUCAAGCAAAUAAAUCCACACGAGACCAGCAGUCCCAUCCAGAGCCCCGUCAUUGACAAUGUUCUUGUUAAACUUGUCAAUAUUACUUUGUCGCGCGCUGUCAUGACACUUGCUGGCACUUUGGAGGUCCAGGAGCCAAUCCUAGAGCCUGUUUGCCUCCGUUGUGACCUCAAACGCGCCGUCAGCUAUAAUCAAGUGGCCACACUCAGCGCCUACCGCGACUUGCUACUGUACGAUGCCGACAUCACCAUGGACGCUGUCGUCAUCAAUUUAGGCCAGAAGGACCUCGCUACCGUACUGUGCGUCUAUAGUGAUAAUUUAAGCGAAGCUCAUUAUAUAGGGAGCAUCGUCCCCAGUUCGCCUGAACCAGCACCAUCAUCAGAUACAUCGGUAAAGAAGUUGCAAGCGUUUUUCGCACAAGGCGAACCUAUACGAAAGGAAAUUGUUUUGCGAUUCAACCUGGAAGGCGUGGAACUAAAACUCUUCACGGACAUGGAUGAAGUGCUAAGUUCUCCCGUACGCGAUCUGAACCAUGGUUUGGCCAAGCUCACAGCAGGAGAAGCCACUUUCCAGCUGGACUACUACUCGGACAGCAGCACGGAGAUGAAAGCUAGCCUUCAGAGUUUGCUCGUUGAGGAUAUCAGACCUGAUCCUAGCAUUGUUAUCAAGAGGAUCUUCCAGUCGCAGGGCGGCGCCCUGCGGUCGGCGUCGGGCAUCUCGGUGCGGCGGCCGCCGCUCAUCGACCUGAGCGUGCGCGCCACGGGCGCGGGCACGGCCGGCGACGUGCGCGUCGACCGCACGCGCUGGAACCUGGCGCUGCCCUUCCUGCUGCAGCUGGCCAGGACCCUGCUGGACGCCAUGCCAGGAGAGAAAGCAAUGGACGGUGGUGUAGUAAAUCACGGCUACGUAGGAGAUUUAAACCCUUCAAAACCUGGAAACAACAACCGCUUUCCUAGCUCGAGCGACUCUACUAGCGGUUACUAUUCUUCUACAACAUCAAUGCCCGAAGACAGUCCUGGCCUUUCCAUCUCGAUCCACUUCCGCCAGCCUGAGAUCAUGUUCUUCACGGACCUGACCAAGAGCGACGGUCAUGCCCUGCUGGUGCGCACUGAGCUGCUGGUUGAUUAUUCUCAUCAUGCAGCUAGUGAGAGCCUGGUGGUUUCGCUGGCUGGAUUACAGAUAAUGUCAAAACUACAAUCAAAUCUGAAGAAUUUACCGCCGCAGCUAGUCUUAAAACCUUGCGACGUGGAAUUCUCCAGAAUAUUCAAGAACGUCGAAGAAGGUGUCAGAGUGAAUGUUUCCGUGUCCGAGAUCGAAGUGCAUAUUGCUGCCACUACUGUGCAUACUGUUAUGGACUUAAUAGAAGAAGUAAACUUCGAAUUAACAGUCCCGGAAGAAGACAGACCUCAAAACACGGCUUUCUACAACUUCAAGCCAGAGAAACCAGACGAAGACCUUUGGUCCCCAAAAAAGCUGACUCCAUACGUAUUGAUAAACCCUGAAGAUAGCUACAUACAGCCUUCGUAUCCGACUGCAAAAGUUUCGGAGACUUUUGGCAUGAAGUUGGCCAGCGUUCGUGUUUUGUUUGAACUAGAACAUUCUGUUCGGGUGCCUGUUUUGGUAGUUAAGAUGGCGACCGAAGUAACCCUCCACGACUGGUCCCGGCAGCUGCACGGGUCGGCCAGCUUGUCCGUGCAGGCGGCGUGCUACAACGAGCGCCUGGCCGCCUGGGAGCCGCUCAUCGAGCCCACUGUGAUCGAAGAGAACCUGCACAGGCCGUGGCAUUUAACAGCCACCUUAUUUCAGGCCAAAGCCUACCCGAUGUCGUCCCGUCUGGACACGACGCAACACGACACAGAGUCGGACGGCAUAAUGACAGAUUCAAAAAAACAGCGCAAGCGCAGCGAGUUCGAGUCUGAGACCUCUGCAGACGAGUGCGAUACCGAUAAUGAGAUGACGUUUAUUAAGAAUCCACAUGGACGCGACAACAAAAGCGUGGACUACACAGGCAACAUGUCUUUCUUAAGCGUGAUGGACGUCGACGAGUCGGAUUCCGAGAACGAGAACGGCUUGAUGGACAAGCUCGCUACUGCAAUUGGACAUUUGUUCACUGAUGACUCAAGCGCCGAAGAGCUGAGUAACGACGAGGACUCAUCAGCACCAGAACAAAGCGAGGUGGAGUGCGAGAGUGGUAAAGAGGAAACUGAUAAGGCAGUCACGUUUGUUGACGGCGGCUGUAGUGGUGGGGAAACGGUCAAGCCUAAAUUGGAACAUAAGACUGUUACUUUGCAGGACCCGGUCCAUGAGGACAGUGUAGAUUCUGGCUUGGAAACUGAAAGCUUCACGGAGCGAAUGUGCACAUACGUGAUGGUAGAAUCAAGAGAUUGUCUCAACAUCACUGUGACACCAGCAGCUGCGCGCGUUUUGCUAUCCCUAGCCAACUCUUGUACAGACAGAACCGCAGUAGUAACGGCGAUUGUCACGGGCGACUCUCCAUUGCAACUUGUGAAUGACAUAGGUCCUGGUAGUACAGUGCACCUGAAGACUCGUGCGGAGACAGACUUAGCUGGUAAUGAUAGAGUCGUUGCUAUUGCCGACUAUGAUGUUGACACCAGCCGGCCCAGUACACCAGGAUGUGAUACAUCAGCAGCGGACCUCCUCGAUGAGCCGGGAAAGGAAGCUAAACCAGAAAUGACUGACAUCAGCGAUGAUUGGGAUUGUUCGUUCGAAGGCGGGUUCCCGGCUGGGGCCAUGUCCCCCCCUCCCUCACCUUCGGAUAGCUCCCCCCGCGCGCCGCUGGCCGCCGACGAGCUCCACCGCCGCUUCACGGACGAAACCUUGGUCAUCAAACUGCAUGACUUGGACGAACUUACUAUCCUGUGUCCCCAACGCACGGUAUCAAAACUCCACGUGCUACACCCGAGCAAGAACGCGACGCGAUAUUACAUUGUCGUCGAACGAACGUCCAAGUACAACACUAGGAAGAUUGUUGUUAGAUCGCCAUUGCAGGUUCGCAACGAAACUUCCUACGCACUAGAGCUGUUCUACAAAAAAACCGAUUUACAAGCUAUAGGGGCCGACCUUAUAGGCUCUCUAACAAAUCCAUUCGACGACAAGAUGAGGUUAGCCGUCAUCGCGCCACAGGACACAUACAACGUGCCUUUGUACAUUGCGUAUCAUUGCAAGCUGUUCUUAUUGCCUUCAAAUUUUGAGAGUUAUCAAACAGCAACCCAAGGUAUCUGGUGGAUGGAGCUGGCCAACGACUUGGGCACUCCCCGCGAUAUGAUUUGCCCUGCCAAGGUGGAUGAUGACAAGAGGAUAUUCGCCAUGAGGAUACUUACAGUUGAAGGCUGUCAAUCUCAUAAAGUCACUCGAGCAAUACCAAAUUACCUGAUCCGUGUUGUGCCACCUCUUGCGAUCUACAACCGGCUUCCCUACGCCAUGGAGUUGUCCUGCGCAGCGCUCGACUGGCGGACGCGCAUUGAAGCGGGGGAGAGAACCCACACGUAUACUUUGGAGUUGAACAAGGCGCAUAGAUUGACGCUCGACAUACAGUACAUGGGAUUGCCUUGGACUGGAAGUUUUACUCUUUCUCCUGACGUGACCGAGAAGAACAUAAGCAUGGCAACGGAGAUGGAAACCGACGGCGGCAACAAGCAGCUAGGCGUCUGCGCGCGCGUCGAUCGCGCCGACUGCUGGAGCCUGCACCUGCACGCCGCGUACUGGCUCAUCAACAAGACCGGGCUGCCGCUGCAAAUGAAGGCCGGCCACGCGGACACGUGCUACGAGGUGACGGACGAGCCGCUGCUGUGGAGCGCGGCGCGCGGGCGCGGGGCGCGCGCGGCCAAGCUGCGCCUGCGCGCGCACCACUCGGCGUGGUCCCGCGCCGUGCGCCCCGCAGCCGCCGCGCCGGGGCUGGUCGUGUGCGCGCACACCGAGCGCCGCACGCACUACCGGCUGCUCUUCAACGUUACUCUGUCCGAACUAUGUCCACAACUGACGAAAAUUGUCACCAUUCUUCCAUACUUCCUCGUUUACAAUGACACUCGCCGCCAUUUGCGUUUUAUGGAGGAGAACGAAGCGGCUGAUCUCUGGAUAGACCUGGCUCCGCAGCAAUGUACGCCUUUCUGGCCGCAAACGGACUCUAUGGCUAUGCACUGCAAAUAUCGGGAUUCGAGUGUUGUGUCUCAGCAUUUCCCUAUUACGAAGAAUCAUUUCACUGUAUUGAGGAUGGAUAAAGGGUCAGCAAUAUGCGUGGAAGUAACUGGCGGUACAGACCGUCCGUUCACGAUCACGUUCAAGCCGUUCACAUCCGGCGACGCCCCGGUCCGGAUCGACAACCUCUGCGACGAUUUGUUCCUGAAGCUGCAGCAAGCCGACUCCGGUCAGGCCACGCUGCUCAGUCCUUAUCAGUGCGUGCUUUACACUUGGGAUGAUCCUGCAAAAGAACGGAAGCUGCUUUGGAAUAUUUAUAACAAUAAGGGGAAAGGCUUUGAAGCACAUUUUGAGCAGGAUGGUUUCGGCGAAGAAAAAGUGACAUUUCACUCCGUUAAACAAACCACACUAGUUGCAACAAGCAGCGUCACGUCAAAACUCUCCUCGACUCUCAAACGACUCACACCAAAGUCUCCUGAGCCCUGUACUUCCAGCAGCGACGAUUCCGACAGCUCACAACUUCCAGAAAACCAUAGCAAGACAAAAAAGUUACGAAAGGACAAAGUCAUUGUAUACUGGAUAUCUUAUAUGGAUGGGUAUCAAAGAGUCUUCGCGCUAGCUCAAGAUGAGACGAUCGCAUAUCAGUACAGAAUGAGAAUUAACUCAGAGAGAAGUAAUUAUGAGGUGUACAUGUCUCUGUCAGGUGUUAGUUUGUCUGUCUGUGUACAAACUAACGUUGGUAUCAAAGAGUUAGCCUACAUGAGCGUGACGGACUCCUUGCCAAGAUGGGAAGUCAAUGUCAGUCUCAAAUGGAAGCAGUUGUCACAGGAAUUGACGUCAUGGAUCGAAGAGAAGUACCAAAAAGAAGAAAAGAAGUGCCAAUUAAAAGAAUAUUUACAUAUUGAUUUAGAAAAAAUGCAAAUGACCAAACCGUUUUUCUCUGAACUACGAAGGACGUACAACCCUGGCGUAUGGUUGCAGCUGCGAAAGUCCGAUACGUACACGUAUUGCCAUUUGAAGUUGCAAAGACUGCAGAUUGACAAUCAGUUGAACGAAGCUGUAUUCCCGAGUGUACUAUACCCGGCCCCGUUGCCCCCGAAUGCAAGAUCAAACCGAGACGUGAAACCUUGUAUAGAAAUUGUCGCUUUGAAACAACAUAUACCAACUUUAAACCAGGACGUAUACAAAUACCUGAAAGUUCUCAUUCAAGAGUUCUGUGUUAACUUGGAUCGAGGUUUUGUUAACUACGUCUUUGACAUAUUGAACCAUUGGAAGAUUGAAGAAAAACCAGCAGUUCGUCUCAGGGCUGACUUGGCGUUGGUUCACAUGCCUUUGCCAAUUAUAGCUAUAAAAAGUCAAAUGGUAGCUAAAAGAAACGUCCUAUUGGAGUACGUACAUCUUUCUCCAGUUAAAGUGGUGUUAAGUUUGUCAUCAAGGGGCUACUCUGCAGAUGUGAACAGCCCCAGUCGAAGCAGGUUCGGGAACAAAAGAGAGAAUCGGCCUAAAUUGUUUAAUAGUGAUUUGUUAGAGUACCUAUUCAACUCGUGGGGAUCAUCGCUUUGUGAUAUGAAGGAUGUUGUUAUUCGAAUGGCGUAUUUGGAGCUCCGUAAUGCGCCAGUAACGCUGUCAACUCUGGUGGAGCUAUCAUCACGCCACUACUGGACCCAACUGGUACAGCAAUUCUACGUGCUAGUGUUGGGGCUGAACAUCCUCGGCAACCCUUACAGUAUUAUUGGGGACUUCUCGAGAGGCAUCAAACAAUUCUAUGAGCCUUAUUUGGGCUCAAUAUCGACGCGUAAGCAAGACGACGUCGCAUACAAACUAGGGUAUGGUGCAGCGCGGCUGCUGGGUCAUUGCGCAUGCGGCGCUGCUACACCUGCCUCUGUAUUUGACGACGUGCCGAAAAGGAGUCCCGCGAGGAGGAAACAAAGCGGUGGGGUACCAAGCAACGAUCUACCCUUCGCGAUAAUAGAGGACGACAAGCAGAACGCCGCGAGCGCAGCGCUGGCCCUCACCGGCCUCAUUGCCAGGCCCACUUUUGACGACGAGUCUAUAGUCGUGCGAAAUCUUUGUCGUGAAGCAGCAAGAGCUGCGUUGACUCGACAACUUGGAGCAGACAGUGCGAAAAACGCGCUAAGGUCUUGCGUCGAACGUAGCGGUGGUCGAUUGGUCGCCAGGAAACGUCUGCCGCGGCACUGCCCUGCAGCUGAGGGUAUCCGGCCGUAUUCCCAGCACGCAGCCCUUGGCGUCCAGCUGUUAAACCUGCUUGGACGAGGACAUUACGCCGACACGGACGCCUAUCUCGCGCACGCGCAUCUCGGCAACAACAACACUCUACUUCUAUCUACACAGCAUAUCUUCAUGGUGCGCUCCGGCGGGUCGCACAGUUCGUGGCACGCCGAGUGGUCGGUGAAGCUGGACGACCUGAUCGGCGUGCCGGCCAUUCGUGAUGGGAAGCUCGUGCUUAACAUCAAACAGGACGAGCUGGUAAACUAUUUCUCAACGGACGAGAAAACCAUCGAAGUUGGCGAUCCAGAGGUGCUGGCGUGGUUGCAGGCGAAGAUCGAAUGCGCUCUUAUAGUCGCUUUGGAAGACAAGCGCGUACCGCAAUAAAGGUCACUUGAUUCAUUGUUAAGAAUAUUGGUAUGAGCCACUUCUUGCUUCUGAACGAAAGCUGUUUACUAAAAUCUAUAAAAUUUUCUAUGAUUUCAUCGGAAAUUAAAAUACUGUAACAAGUUUAUUAUGAGUGUUGCUACAUUCAGUUCGUUCCGUCGCGCACCGUUAGAUGGCAUUAGUUGUAAUCAGAAAACACGCUAUCGUUCUUUCGUUCAAAUUUUGUAUGAUCAAUGCUUUCAACUACUAGUAUCAGUGUCAGGUACUGAAUGGCUCGCUGUUUAGAGUAGCGAUGGGACUAGUUGCUUUUUUUUUUCAACUCGAGUUACUCGAGUUGACGUGACUGUUGGCUCGAGUUGCAACUCGAGUUG